CCGCUCCGAGCGCCGCCGCACCAUGGCUGUGCUGUGCCCCGCCUGGACCCCGGGGUCCCCUGCCCAGCUCCUCCUGCCCCUGCUCUGCUGGGCCCUGGCCUCCUGCCGCACCGGUGCCAUGGCCCUGCAGCCCCCCAGCAUCACUGUCCUGCAGACGCUGUCAGAGCCCCCCCGCCUGGGCGAGAGCGUGACGGUGUGGUGCGAGGCGGUGAGCAGCCUCCCCGAGCUCACGCUGCUCUACUGGCUGGGGAACGGCUCCUUCGUGGAGAAGCUGCACCCGGACGGGGCCGUGCACGAGGGGACGGUGCUAGAGGAGCCGCGGGGCUCACGGGUGGCCCUGCGCCGUGACCUGCACAUCGACUGCUUCGGCAUCCAGCACCUGCACACCAACUUCACCUGCGUGGUGCUCAGCCCUCUCGGUGUCAACACCAGGGAGGUGCGGUGGCUGCACCCGGCACCGGCACGGGCCCCUGUGGAGAGCGGGGGGCUGGGCUGAGACCGGGGAGCAAAUCGAGACGGGUGAGCAUCCUGCAGUCCGGGUCCCCGCUCCCACGACCCUGCUCCACUGCAUGGAGAUGUGACACCUCCACAGAGGCCUGUCUCCGGGCCCCGCCGUGGGAUCCGCAUGGCCCCACGUCUGCCGGCCCCACUGUGCUAGGGGGGUCUCCCGGCGCCCCUCACCAAGGCAGGAGCGCUGCCCGGGCCGGCCCCAGGACCUGCCCGCAGCCGGCUGUGGGACCCCAGGGUUUAUUAAAGCACAUCAAGGCUG